AUGGUAAAGAAAUCAGAAGAUGAACUCAGUGAAACUUUCGAUCGAUGUCUGACAGAUACAGCGUUGAAGACUGUAAGUGCUGGAACCAUUGGUUUAAUAGCUGCAGCAAUAUUUAAAAGACAAUUUCCACUUUGGUUAGGCGUAGGCAUGGGUUUUGGUAUGGGUAUUGCCAAUUGUCGUCAUGAUAUGAGAAAGUCAUUCAUACAUUCUGAACAAGAUUCAGCGCAGAAAUCGAGUCUUAAAAUGAUCGAAGAAUCUGGAAAUGCCGAAGUUCAGCCUCAGUUUGAUUUUAGAAAUUUGCUUACGAGAGCUUUUAUGGAUGAAAAACGGGUCGAUUGCCUUGAUUUGUUAGCAUUUCAGGACAUGUUGAGUAAAUUACGACAGAUCGAUGACAAAAUAUUGUUUGAACUAAACACUGCACUGCCUAGCGAAUCAUUUUCCGUCAAUGUGGACAAAGGCGAGAAAUGUCGUUCCAUUUAUAAGAAGUUAUUAACUAUGAAAGUUAAAAGGAUGAAUUUGAUACAACACUGCAUUGAUGAAAAUCAAGCGAACAUUGCCCGUCUACGGAAAGAAAAAUUAGCACCAUUAGGAGAUAUCCGAAAUGCUCAAAAUACCUUGCGAGCGAUUCGAUCAGAAAUGGAUGUAGAAAGUAUUGUAAAUGAGCGAAGCGAAAAAGCUGUGCACGAUCGGUGCAGGACCUUCCUAUGA